AUGGCGAGAGUGAUUUUUUUCGAGAAUGACGUGAAAAGGGUGGUAACAUACCGGCAUCUUGAAGGCUUGAUCGCGACGGCGAGCUUGUUGGAUGGACGGAUGAAGUUCUCGACCUUCGAGUGUGGAUGGUUUGUGUGCGGCAGGGCUUGGCUUCGCUUCGGUUGUGUCAGGUGA